AGAGAUGUUUUUUUUGAAUUUUUCAGUUACAAAAUGUGCUAAAUGAUUCGAUUGACUCUGUGGAUUGUCAUAUUCUGCACAAUGGGAAAAUCUGAAAUUGAGGAUCAGUACAGCCCUUUUCAAACACCAGCGACCACCGAAGACGAAUUUGUUGUUCUCGACGACGAAGAAUUAAACACAGCAGGUCUAACUAUGAGCUUGGAUCAAGAAGUUGAGGAAGAGUGGCUGGUUCCAGUAGAGGAGCAACUUUGUGGGGUACUCGAAUCCUCAAUCCCACCAGAGUACAGAUCCUUCUCCCAGUGGGUGACCUUGGACGACCCCUCUGUCUCUGCAAUAGCGACCACUGCCACCCGAGCCACUAGCUCUGUCGAACUCACAAGUCCUCUGACGUCAUCGCCCCCACUUGUCAUCUGUGCCUGUGAACAUGUUUCAUCCCCACUUGAACUGCACGACGCGAAUAAUCCGUGUCCAAAUUUGAAAUCAACCUGUGAAAAGUUGCAAGCAAGAUCGAAUGAGGAAGGCGCAAGUUCGUCUGUUGUUGGAAAAUGAUUUUGUAAAUUUGUGUCGCUAGCAUAAACUUGUUUGGAUAGUUUCAAUUACUUAGCUUUGCACUCUAAAAGUCAUUCGCUUUAUUGAAUUUUUAAUUGUAAAUUACUUUCACGAUUGUGAUAGAUACUGAUAAAUUUCAUUUAAAAAUGUUGUUUGUUGAAGAAUGCCACUUGCUUGAUCAUUAGGAGUUGAAUUAACGAAGCUUAUAGGUUGAA